AGAGAGAACUGCGAUGCUCGUGAAGGUGCAAUGGAUCCAGCCGCUUUUCCAUACAAUAACGAUACAGCAGAAUCAGACUUGUACAAGGGUGGCAUAUUUCUUGGUUGCGAGUUUGGCAUGGUUGCUUUGUACGUUUGGGCAGUGGGUAUUUGGGCAGCCGGGCAGAGUUCUACAAUGACCGGCACGUAUGCUGGGCAGUUUGUCAUGGAGGGUUUUUUACAAAUUCGAUGGUCUCGCUGGAAGCGUGUUCUAGUGACCCGAGCAAUCGCUAUUGUACCAACUCUGGCUGUUGCACUGCGCAUUAACGGUGUCCGGGACCUGACUGGAAUGAACGAUUUACUAAACUGUGUACAGAUGGUCCAGCUCCCAUUUGCACUCAUCCCAAUCAUAACAUUCACAUCUAGUCCGAAAGUCAUGCUCGAUUUUCGUAGUUCUAGGUACUUCUGCACACUCACUUUUUAUGCGUUUUUGCAUAUGUACAAAUGCAAGAGCGCAUAUUGA